GCGAACACUGGGCUCAUACACACACACACACUCACACACUCACACUCACACGAAGGGCUCAGUAUAACAUCGACAGAUCCGCGUCAGGAGUACAGUCGAGGCGAGCACAUUGAAGUGUCUAAAGGCUUCUUCUGUGAGAGGAAACGAGAGGAAAACGCAGGAAAAAAAGAAACAGAGGAAAUCCCCCGAAAGGAAAUGCCAAUCGCAGCCGCUGGACAGCCAACAACCCAGGAGCCCAGAGUUUGCCCCCGGCUGCCCUCCACCCCGGAGCCUGUCCCUAAAGGGGCUGAUUUAUUCGACGAGGCGGGGGCGGCGGAGUCGGCGGAGCGAACAGAGUACGGGGGCGCAGAGGGGGGCAGAGGACUUGGGGGCUAUAGUUACAGCCAGAGCGGCGCUAGGGGCUUUGUACAGCCCGGAUCAACCAACGGCUCUCCGCCGCAGUCCCCAGCCGCGUCCUCAUCGUUUCUCUUCCACCCCCUCCACCCCCACCAAAUGGCCAUGGAGCCCCCAAGGACUCGAUCGCGCUCUCGGUCUGGAUAUUACCAGCAGUACGGUGGUGGAAAUGGCACUGGAAUUACCGGCAGCGGAGUCAUGGGAUCUAACCAUCACCACCACCAUCAACAACAGCAACUACAUCCACAGCAGCAGCACGGUGCCGGUUGCGCACCACUUGGAGCUCACAGCAACCACUUGGAGAACCAGCAGCGAGCCCCAGGAAGUAACGCCUCUCCCGGCAUUCAAAGGCUUUCUUCGGUUCCCGGGGCGCACCGCAUCCCGACGGCAGGAGCCUCUGGUGGAUCUUACCACUGCCACCCAGAUCAUGCAUAUGGAGAGGAGAGUGAUAAGAGUGAGGAAAGCCCCAGUCCAAAGCGCCAGAGGCUGUCCAGUCAGUCUGUCUUGGAACAACUAACCUCAUCCGCCCCUCCACCAUCCACCCCAUCUCCCCCCAUCCGUCCCUGGGAGUCAGGACCCCCAAGUCGGAGACAACCUCACCCCCACACACACUACCACCAGGAGAGAUGCCUCACUCCUGCUCGGCACAGACGCAGCCCACCAGCAAGGCGUCAGCGCGGCCGUCUCUCCAGACCCACCCGUCACUUGCCUCCCCACCACCAACCCUCCACCCAAGGCCCUGCACCCCGCCUGUCGCCAUCGGAGCGCCAGGAUGAAAACUACCACCACAACCCCCAUCCCUCCACGCACCAAACAUAUCCAACGCAUACGCCCAGCACCUACGGUCAGCCCCCAACAGCUGGUGGUGGUGGGGCAGGGUCGGAGGAGCCCCGAGCUUUCCACCCCCCCACAUUGUCACCACGGCUUCUGCAUCCAGCUGCUCACCACCACCAUCACCUCCAUCAGCAACAGCAUCAUGCAGCGCAACAGCAGCAAGGAGCCAUGGUCAUGGACUUGCAUGAACAGCUGCAGCAGGGCAGCGUACCAGUCUCCUACACAGUGACCCCAGUCCCUCCUCAUGGUCUCGCAGCACCUUUGUGUAGCGGUCAGCACCUUCCCCCUACCUGUUCUUCACAACAACAGGUCCCCGCCUGCAGUGUGGUCUUCAGCACUGGACAACACUAUCACCCGAUGCUACAGGCAUGUUCAAUGCAACAUUUGCCAGUGCCCUAUGCCUUUCCCUCACUGCUGUCCAGUGACCCUCAAUUCCUGCUUCCUCCUCCACCUCACCUUUCUCACCACCCGUCCCACCUCCCCACACCGGGACAGUUCCUGCCUUUCCAGACACAACAGCCUCGAUCGCCGUUACAGACGAUUGAAAAUGAGGUUGAGCUUCUGGGAGAGCAGCUUUCAGUGGGUGGAGGCUUCAGCUAUGCCCACCACCAUCACCACCACCAUCACCACCACCAGCCUCCCUCCACCCUGCCCCCCUCCACACCAAUCCAGUUCCUCUCACACCAUGACCCCCUUUCACAGGAGCUCUUUACAGUGCCCUAUCCCCACUUUAUGCCUCGUCGAUUCACAAGCCGGCGUUACCGCUCUCAACAAGCUGUUCCCCCAUCACCCUAUCACCCCAGCUUCCUGCCUUACUUCCUGUCCAUGCUUCCCGUGCCCCCAAAUGUGGCCCCCACUAUAAGUCUAGAGCUGGAUGUGGAUGACGGAGAGGUGGAGAACUACGAGGCCCUGUUGAACCUUGCAGAGCGUCUAGGAGAGGCCAAGCCCCGUGGUCUAACUAAGGCAGAUAUAGAACAGCUUCCAUCAUACAGGUUCAACCCCAACAACCAUCAGUCUGAGCAAACACUGUGCGUGGUAUGUAUGUGUGACUUCGAGUCUCGCCAGCUCCUAAGGGUCCUGCCCUGUAAUCACGAGUUCCAUGCCAAAUGUGUAGAUAAGUGGCUUAAGGCUAACCGGACCUGUCCCAUCUGUCGAGCUGAUGCCUCUGAGGUCCAGCGGGACUCUGAGUGACCUCUGACUCUUAUCAACAUCCUACAUCCACAGUCGCUGACUCCCAUUGUCUCCCUUUGGGAUGAACCAACCAAUCAGUGAACUUCUCUCCUUUUAUAAUACGCCAUCGCUCACACAUUCUGCCACAUAACUGGAACCAGUGCUCCUUAAUCCUUCACUCUUUAUCCUCCAGGACACUGAACAUUAAUUCUCACCUGGGAUCAGCAUUUAGCGGUGUGGAAACAUUCUACUGACUUGUGCUCACUUUAUUGCUGGACUUCCUAGGCCUUCUGUUUUGGACUACUACUCUGCCUUCUGCUUAUGGUUCCUCCUUUCUGUGAAUGGCCUUUGCAACACACACUGUCAUGGGAAGUGGACAAAUAUAUGUGUAUUUUUCAAACUCAUUAUAAACCCUUCCAAACUGAUGAGACCUGUUCAGUCUUCUACGGAGGGACAGAGAAAAGACUGCUUUGAAAAACGUCUGUAUAGUUGUACUAACAAACCCUGAGGGAAAAUUGGCAUCCAAAGAUGAUUUUAAUUUCAUUGUUAUUAUUCUGAUUAUUAUUAAGCAUUCACAUCUUGGCUUGCAGAGACUGUCAUUAUAAUUACAGUUGAACCGAAUCAGUCUAUUUUAAUUUGUAUAUGUGUAUUCUUGCAUUCCUUAACGUGACAGCAGUCUGUAUGGGGUGAAACAAAGAUACUGUACACUGUGUGUCCAAGAGUGAGCUGCUUUGGAACAGUGAAAAAUAUACUUUAUUUUCUCUAGAUGUGUGCCUGUGUGUGUGUGUGUGCCUGUGUGUGUGUGUGUGCCUGUGUGUGUGUGUGUGUGUGUGUGUGUGUGUGUGUGUGUGUGUGUGACUCUUCCUGUGGUAUUUAUACAGUUCAUGUGGUACAGUGCAUUGACUUAACCUUAAAUCCAGUUUUUUCCACUCUGCUUCAGAUAGAUUUAAUGUCAGACCUUUAUAACCAAGAUUUGCUCAAAAAUCAGAGUUUAGGACCAGGAACACCUCCGGGGAAGUUAACAAUGCUGUGUCAUGUUUCUUUGUGUUUAUGCCACACAUCAUUAACACACUCUACAACCUUGGCUCCAUCACUCCAUGCCUGCCCACCUACAUUGUUCUUGUCUUAAAUGGGUAAACGUUGAGGCUUUUGAGAGACAUUUUUUUUGUGAUUCAGUAUUUCCUAAAUACACUGAAACAAAUUAGGACUAUUUUUCUCAACAUAUCCACUAAGCUCUCCUCCAAGGCACAUUAUGUGAAUAUAGCUAGAUCUUGUAGAUUCGACCAGGUGGAUACAAAGCAUUCAGCUCAGUUUACUAGCUUUCUUAUAGGAACAAGGCCUUUGAAGACGUGUGUCUGUACCUGUCUUGGUACCCAAGCAGCGUUCUGUAUGUGUUGGCGGAUACAGGUGCAAUGUUUUCUCCAUCACUGACAGGGAACAAGUUUAAAGAGACUUAUAAGGUCACAGCUAAAUCUACUAUGUUUCACCAGUCGGCAGAUCUGACAUUUCAGCACUUUAAUAUGUAGAUUUAAGACCUACACACUCUCUUUUCAUUGUGAACAAACCACUGAUCAGGUUUUCACACUCAAUGUGUGUAUAUGAACAAGCAUUUGAAUGCAUUAAAAAAAACAUACAUCUUCACUUCAGCUUGUUGUACCUACAGUAUCCAAGAGGGGUCAACUCUUUUAUGUUCUCGCUGCGCAUCUGUACGUGUCCAGAGGUUUUUUGGGGGCACUGUUUCUUAGUGAAACUUCAUCUCUGUAAGGCUUGUGUCAGCAUGUCAUAAUGUAACUCCAAGAUGUUCACCUCAUGCACAGAGCAGGCUUUCUCAUGUAAUUUAUCACUGUUUAUCACAGGUGGUUCGUUGUGUCAGGAUGACAACCUAACAUAGGCCUUAGAGAGAUUGCGUUGACGAAAGGUAGGUUUGGAAGGUUCAGCCAGGCUUGUGCAGUCUUACAUCUGAGAUGCCUUUUAUAAAACUUCAUUUUCCAGGUACAACUAGUAUCUAUCCAGUGUCACCACAUCAGACCGAUCCAUUUGUUCAAACCCUUUUGAAAUGCAAACCAAGUGUAUCAGUGUCCAGGAAGAACCUUCAUUUUAUACAACUCCUCUUCAGUGUUGUCAAUGUAUAAAGUCAUGUAAUGUCCAUGGGAAUGGAGGGAAAUUAUAUUUCCUGUAACCUUUUUUUCGUUUGGGGUCAAAGAUCAUAUUUGUGACUGUAUGCAUCCAUUUUUUGUCUUAGGAUUGUUUUUGUGUUGGACAGUUUUCUGUUGCUUGGUACACUAGCAAUUACCUCAGUCCCACUAUUUAUGUCUUUUCAGAAAAUGGUGCAACCAGUAUGAUUAGUGCUUAUCGAGUCAUUUUGCUAAUGUUUUCCAUGCAAGUUGUUGAGUUGUUGUAAUAUUUUUCCUUAAAACUCUAUGAAACUCGAUCAUUAAAAUUGUGUCAUAGUAGUUUCAUCAUGUAUUAUAUCUGUAACCAAAAUCAUUUGAAGGCCUGUUAUGAUAAUGAAAUUUUUAACAAACAUUUGUACAUUUUGUAUGAGAGUUAUUACUAGUUAUACUUUAUUAAG